AUGAUUGGAAGUUUGAUUAUCAAAGAACUUCUUGCAGAUGAUACAAAACUACUAUCAAUCAUUAUUUUUAAAGAUAAAAAAGUAUCAAAAAAUUUAUCUUCUGAAAUUAUUGUAUUAAUAUAUCCAAAAGAAUAG